AUGGAUAACUACACAUCGGUUCCCUAUGAUGAUUACGAUGUACUCAUCGAGGGUGAUCUGCCAAACAACGACAGAGAACACUGUGACAAAUAUGACGCCACGUUUCUCUCGGCUCAGCUGGUUCCGAAGCUGUAUUUCACCGUAUUUGUGGUCUGUCUUCUGGACAAUUUCCUGGUUGUGCUGAUCUUGGUAAAAUAUAAAGGACUCAGAUACGUGGAGAACAUCUAUUUCCUAAACUUAGCCAUUUCCAACUUACUGUUCUCGCUUAUCCUGCCAUUCUGGGCUUACACUGCCUCACAUGGAGAAGUUUUCGGAAAUCCCGUGUGUAAAAUUUUCAUUGGCAUCUACAACGUUGGUUUGUACAGCGAGGCUUGUUUCAAUGUGCUUCUGACAGUAUGCCGGUUCCUGGUUUCUUACGCACCAACCACUUCCUUGGUCCGGAAAGUGCCCUGUGGGAUCUUUUUCAAUGUCUUGAUGUGGGCAGUGGCCAUCCUGGCCACUUUGCCUGAAUAUGUGUUUCAGCUGGAAGGAAAGGAAGACACAUGUUCAUUUAGUAGGCCUCAUUUUCUGCCCACUCAUGAGACAUCUUGGAAGAAGUUUCUGAUCUUAAAGAUGAACAUUUUGGGACUCCUGCUUCCUUUAUUUGUUUUUAUAAUUUGCUACGUGCCAAUGAUAAAAGUAUUGUGCAUCAGGAAGAGGACGUACGAUCCCUUCAAGCUUAUUUUUGCCAUCAUGGUUGUAUUCCUUCUGAUGUGGGCACCCUACAACAUUGCACUUUUCUUGACUACUUUCAAAGAACAUUUCUCCCUGAGCGACUGUCAGAGCCUCUAUGGCCUGGAGAGAGUUGUUCAGAUAACAAAAAUCAUUGCCCCCACCCACUGCUGCAUCAACCCUCUCCUCCAUGUGAUUUUUGACCAGGACUUCAGGAGCUGUCUGUGCUGCAUGCUGCACCUGAAUCAUAACACUGCACAGCACCCCAGGGAGAGAUCUGAACAAAACCCAUUACAGGAUCAACAGGAGCAGGAGCACUCCACUGCUGUAUGA